GUACCGCUCCCGGAGAUGGUCUGGAGAGUAAACAGCGAGUCACGCGCCCCGCGAGUGCCCGCCCCCAGCCCAGCCCCGCCCCCGCUCUCGGCUCCGAUUGGCCCGGCGUGGAGGCGGGGCUUCUCGGGGGUGGAGCUUCGCGGUGACCUGGGCCGGCCGGGCGAUAACCCAAGUCGGCUCGCCGCCUCUCCCGGCUCUGGCUCCUGUCGGAUCACCGUCAAGAUGAGGCUUCGGACGGCGGCGCUCCCGCCCCUGCUACUGCUGCUGCUGCUGCUGGCGCCGGCCUCGCCGGCCGCUCCGGAGGAGCCCGACCUGCCCCCCCGCGAGGACGUGGCGCGCGUGGCGCGGUUCGUGGCCCAUGCCUGCAACUGGGGCGCAGUGGCCACCUUGUCCACUGUGCCGGCGGUGCGCGGGCGGCCCUUCGCCAACAUCUUCUCCCUCAGCGACGGGCCGGUGGGCCAGAGCAGCGGCGUGCCCUACUUCUACCUCAGCCCGCUCCAGAUGUCCGUGGGGGACCUGCAGGUGAAUCCAACGGCCAGUUUGACAAUGUCUUUGGCACAGACUGAGUUUUGCAAAAAACAAGGAUAUGAUCCUCAGAGCCCCCUUUGUGCUCAUAUAAUGCUGUCAGGAACAAUCACUAAGGUGAAUGAUACAGAAGUGACCUUUGCAAAAAAGUCAUUAUUCAGUCGUCACCCUGAAAUGGAAUCAUGGCCUUCAGAUCAUAACUGGUUCUUUGCCAAAUUAGCUAUAACCCACAUCUGGAUCAUAGACUUCUUUGGUGGAGCCAAAACAGUGACACCUGAAGAAUAUUUUAAAGCCAAACCUUAGUGUGAUCAAUUCUGUAAUUCCAUCAAGAUGCUUGAGUCACUUUGGGAUAUGUAGAAAAACUGCUUAAAGUUCUUCUGUGCAUAGUUUUAUAAAAGAAAAAAAGCUUAUUUUUAUAUGCUUAAUAUUAAAUUAGAGGCUUGCUGUGAGAAAUUGAGAUUUAAGUAUUUGUAUGACAUUUAAAAAAUUAUUUUGAAGAAAUAAUAUCAUUAAGGAAUCAUGGUUUCACUGAGCAUUAAGGUCGUUUCCCCAGAAACAAAAGUUGCACAUUUAAAUUGGCCUUUGAGAUUGGAAGUUGUUUCAGCAUGUGUUGUGUAUUCCUGGAGAUCUCUUUGUUCACUAAACCUACCAUUCACUACGAGGCUUCUGAUAGUUUUACCUGAACAGGAUGAAAAGGGGUUAAUUUGCCCAUAUCCUCAAUGUGUCUGAAUCUUGCCAAACAGAAAACCUGUUUAUUUAAACACAAAUGCAACUUCAGACAGCUAAUCAGCUUAUGUAUGGCGAUUGUGGGGUUUUGCUUGUUAUACAAGAACAAAGCUAGACUCAGAAGAAAUUGCUGUAACAAUAAUAUAGAAUCAAGUAGGCAUGUGAAAUUUUUCCUAAGUUUGAUUUUACCCAUUUUAUUUGAACUUCUUCCUACUUGUGGUUCCCUUCCCUUAAAAAAAAAUAAAUGUUUUAUCUUUUGAAUGGAAAGACAAAUUCCACAAUGGAAUUUGUGGGUAAAUAUUGAGAUCCUCAUUAACCAGAUGAGUCCAUGGUUUCAGGUGCUGUAUCAGCGCAUAAUUUUACCCAUUCUACAGUGUCCUUUAACUGUUGUUUAUACUUUCUUACUUUUUGCAAAUAAGGUCAUUCAGGCUUUUUUACUUGGUCUUUUCAAGUCCUCUUGAAGGAAGCAGGAGAGGGUAAGAUCAUAUAAAGAAAAGGAAAUAUUCUUUACUCAAAAUAAAAUAUAAUGGAGGACAUUAUUGUUAAUGAUUAUAAAAAUAAGUCUGAAUACUUUUGAAAAGCAUGAAGAGUGAUUAUCUUAAAUGUUAUGAGGGAUAGUAUGGUGGAGAGGCCAAAAAGACCUGGAUUCAGAUCUCACCCCUGAGACAUACAUACUGACUGUAGGACCCUGGACAAGUCUCUUAAAGUUAUAAGUUGCAGAGAAGGUGCUGACUUGCAUUGGUAGAAGAAAUUUCCUUGUCUGGGAGUUCCCUACAACAAUUAAAAUCACAGGUCCAAUUCCUAUCCCCUGUUUGAGUUAUGUAAAAUUGGUUAUUGUUUUAAGAUUAUUUUUAUUUUCUUCCUAAAUAGCAUAAACUAAAAUAUUCUUUUCUAAAUCUCUAAUGGUCAUUUUCAGACAAAAUUCUUUAUUUGAAAGUGUGUGUAAACAGUAGCCAUAGUGACACAGUACUUCUUGGGUUCCCUUCAUAGCUCUGUUAUUGACUCAUUUUUUAAAAUGCUUUAUUACUAGUUGUUUAAAUCAACAUCAAGGAAAUGAAAUAGGGAUGAAACCUUAUAUGUAAGGUCCUUUAGAAUUUCAUUAAGUAAGAUCAGGUCCUAUAGAGAUUUGCCUUACCCUGAAUUCUGUCUUGCAAUGAAUAAUAGCUCUUCAACAAAUAUUUGUACUGUAAAUUGAUUGCUCUUGAGAUUCCAGUGAAUUUAUGUAACUCAGGGAAACACAAUGUUUGAAAAGAUUUUGGGAGCUCUUUAGAUGAAAUGGGUUUUUAGAAGCCUACCAGCUAUCUUUCUUUAAAUGUUAUAAAAAAAAAAAAGAAAGAAAAUUACUCAUUUACUCUAUGCAGAAAUAAUUUCAGUAGAUUCUUUAGGACUCCUUUUGAUGUAUUUUAUGUUGGAAGUUAAGUGCUAGAUUCAAAAACUGCGAAGUGAAAAAAUGAAUUUAUUUGAAAACUAUAAAAUUGAUUUAUAGUAUUCCAUCAGGCUCAAUUAAUGCUUUAAAAAGUUUUUUUUAUAAAAUUUUGUUAUGAGAUUGGUCUCUCAAACAAAGCACUAAUAAUUAAAAUUUAUUCUUUAACAAAA